UUUCUCGUACCUUCACUUUUGGCUUACAUCUUAACGGAACAUAGCACAAUCGUCAGUCUUUUCACGCUGCAACCAUUUUUCAUUUUCUCGAAUAAGGAAUCAACAAUGCAGCUUUUAAACGCUAGCGCUGUCACCAACAUCUCUCGGUUAGCCUAUAACCCAGCACUCUGUCUACCUCAUUUGACUGUAUCGUCUUUCGACAAAAUCCCGUUGCCUAUAGAAAUUCCAGGCCACACCCCGGAGAUAAAGGGAAUUGUGCUUGAUAAAGAUAACUGUUUUGCUAAAGACCACGACGACAAAGUUUGGCCUGCGUAUGCCGAGGCCUGGGAAAGACUCCGUCAGUUUUACCCCAAGGAAAAAUUGUUGAUUGUCUCCAAUUCUGCCGGCACAAAUGAUGAUGUAGACUACCGCCAAGCAGACAAGCUCGAAAGGGAUACGGGAGUCACUGUGCUCAGGCAUCCAACCAAAAAGCCGGGGUGUCAUCAGGAAAUAUUGGAGUAUUUUGCCCAGCACGGUAUAAACAAUGCUUCUGAAAUUGCUGUUAUUGGGGACCGCUUAUUCACUGAUAUUCUCAUGGCCAAUAUGAUGGGUGCAUGGGGCGUAUGGCUCAAUGAAGGCGUAGAGCUCAGUGACAAGAUCUUUCCGCGCAUGGAGAGACUCCUCUACGCCAAAUUGGUGACUUCUCGGGAAGAGCCAUUUAUGCCGUCUAUCCCGAAAGAUAGCGCCUAGCUAUCUGAUGGCAGAAUCGUGGUCAUGUUGAAAGACGUUAUUGAAGAACAGAAAGCAUCAGUUCAAUCAAAAACUUUUUUAAUUAUCCAGCAUAGUGUCUGGGACAAUUUGUAUUACUGAUUCAGUGUUUGUCAGUUUUGUUUGCGCCAAACAAAAGAACUGACUACCGGGGAAUUGUCUGUCCCACAGGUAUUUUUUUUUUUUUACAAUUCGGAUAAAACUUCGCAAAGUGAGCACUACUGGGGACCCUGGCGAAUUCUCUUUUUGGGUCAAGUCACGCCGAUAUUCAACUAUCUGCGGCCGCAUAAGUUGCAGUUUUAUUCCAAGGAAAGGCCGAGUACAUGGUAUGUUUAACACUUCUAGAUAUUGGCUAAGGUAUAAUGGUUUAUAGUAUAAUUGAAAUUUCCAGCUUUGUCUUGCAAUGCCAAAGUGUAUGAACUGAAUGGUUAUUGCGAUGACAAGACUCCAGGC